AUGCCAGCCCAAAGGAAGCGGCCACCUCAGACUCAACCUGCCAGCCUGGUCUGGCCAACUACAAGGACCAGCAGAGAAACAGCAGGAAGAGCGCGGCAGCACAGCCUGCACCGUCCCCAAAGGCAGUCACUGCUGUGCCCAAGCGUAAAAGAGAGUUCAGAUCUGGUGAAGGAGCUGAGGUCCAACCACCACGGAGCCCUCCUGUUCGGCCAGCACGUGAUGUUUCCACAGGGACCCCAUCAGAGGCAAAGAGGAGAUGUUCUGAACUGUCCCCCCAAGCGUGGUGAUGGCAGGCGUCUCCCUCUGGAGGUCGCCCUGAUGACCAUGGUCUCCCAGCCUUCAUCGUGCUCUAAUGUCCUGAGACUGCUGGAGUGGUUUGAAGAGCCCAACCACUACAUCUUGGUCUUGGAGCGCCCCAGUCCCUGUUCCGACCUGUUUGAUUUCUAUAGGAUAUUUGACGGUCGGCUAUCUGAGGUACAAGCCAGGCAGAUCUUUCGACAAGUCGUUGAGGCCCUGAUUCACUGCCGCAACUGUGGUGUUUUCCACCGCGACGUAAAAUCGGAUAACAUCUUGGUCAACCUCAAUGACUGGACAGUAAAACUGAUCGACUUCGGCUGUGGGGACCUCUACAAACACAGCCCCUAUGAUAAGUUUAGAGGCACCUUGGAUUACUGUCCACCGGAGUAUUUUUUGAAUCGCAGCUACGAGGCUUCUCCGGCCACCACAUGGACCCUGGGAGUUCUGCUGUUUGAAAUGGUCUGUGGUGACCUGCCGUUUGAAGGCAGAAGAGAAGUCAUUCGCAAUCAGCCAAGGUUUACCACACGUGUGUCUAAAGAGUGCCAUGACCUCAUCAGCUCGUGUUUGAGCAUGGACCCCCAUGAGAGACCAGUGCUGGAGGACAUUCUGGCCCAUGACUGGCUGUCGGGACAGAACUUCUUCUGAGAGGAGAGAGAGGAGAGAAAGUGAGGCCGCAUCACAGACAGAUGGCUAGGGAAGGGAAGGCCCACACCAAGUAUGCUUCGAGUCCUGCAUCCACUUGACCUCCAGGGCCUUGAGUUUGUUUGCUGGCUCUCCUGCUCCUCCUGGUGGAACAGUGGAGUGAUGCAAAUUUGAACUUUAUCUACACCAUGUGCACGCAACUUCAGAGCAGCCUCAGUGGGACUGAUAGACACUGAGCGUACUGGUCCUGUCAGCUCUAAUGGCGAGGGGUCUCAAUGGACACCGGAUGUAAGGGAGAAGUGGACAUUUUAUGCAUUGCAAUGGGAACUGGAUUUUUUUUUACCUCAACAGAUGCCCACCU